AUGGCAGCUGCGAGGCAAGCCCAAUGGCUCCCAGACGAGCUGGCGCUCCUGCAGACCAUGGACCCGAGCGUUAUGCCGUGGCGACAUGUGGCCAGCCACCUACCUCGUCAUAGCGCCGCAGCUUGCCGCCAGAAGUGGACCGCUUUGGUGGCACGCGUGAUGAACACUGGCCGUUGGACUCCCGAAGAAGACGACCGGCUUCGGAAGGCCAAACGAAGGACGCACAACUGGGUCGAAGUUGAACGUAUCGUUGCAACGCGUCGGUAA